CCAAUGUGCGUACUUUGAGUAAUUAGGGUCAUGAACCUCGCUCAUGGUUGGCAACUGCCAAAACCAAUAACAACGUUAAAAUGGGUUCUUCCCUUCAUACGUUCAAAUUCAACUUCAUUCAUCAAAGCUUCCAUACAUUCAACUCAAAUUCUGGAAAAAAUUACUACCCGCUUUCUGAAAAAACUCUUAAACCCUUCUCAGAAGAAGCAAAUUCUCGCCCAAAUGAUCAUUCAGAAAGAACAUUGGAACCAUUUUCAUGUCAUGAAACUCAUCGAUACUUGUGCUUCCGUUAAUGGGUUUGCUUCUUCUUCCCUUUUCUUCUCUGAAUUCCAUGAAUUUAUCGAUUCCUGUACUUGUAACUCAGCUAUCAGAACUUACACCCACUUAAAAAAGCAUUGGCAUUCAGUUUUUGUUUAUGUACAAAUGCAUAAAUAUGGUAAAUCCCCUGAUUCUCUAACUUUCCCAGCUGUAAUUAAGUCAUCUGCUCAUUUGUGUCGUCGUAGAUUAGGUAAAUCACUACAUUGUUGCAUAAUUAAGAUGGGUUUUAGUUCAGACUUGUUUGCAAGUACUGCACUUGUUCAUAUGUAUUGUAGUUUUUCGUCGACUGAUGAUGCCUGUCGAGUGUUUGAUAAAAUGCCUGAGAAAAAUUCUGUUUCUUGGAACGCGUUAAUCACUGGGUAUGUACAUGGUAGGCGGUAUUUUGAGGCGUUUGACGUGUUUAGAGAGAUGAUGGAGGCAGGGAAAGAGUUGAGGGAGGUGACUGUGGUGGGGCUUUUAUCUGCAUGUGCUAACUUAGGAGCUCUGGAGCAAGGAAGGUGGGUUCAUGAGUAUAUUAGACGGAAUAGGUUGGUGUUGAAUGUAUAUGUCGGUACUGCUCUUAUUGAUAUGUAUGCGAAAUGUGGGAAUCUUGAGGAGGGUCUAAAGGUUUUCAGGGCAAUGAAGGUGAAAAAUGUGUGCACUUGGAAUGUUUUGAUCUCAGGAUACUCGAUGAAUGGUCGAUCAGAGGAUGCUUUGAUGGCGUUUUAUAGUAUGAUUUUUGACGACUAUAAGCCUGAUGAUGUAACCUUUUUGGCUGUAUUAUCUGCGUGUUUUCAUGAGAGUCUUGUUAGCGAGGGCCUGUCACAUUUUAGAACUAUGAAUGAGGAGUUUGGUGUGCAACCAAAGACGGAGCAUUAUGUUUGUAUGAUUGAUCUGCUCAACCGGGCUGGCAUGAUUGAUGAAGCUAUGGAACUUAUCAGGAGCAUGCCCUUGAAACCAGACCCGACUGUGUGGAGGGCAUUGCUUCGUGCCUUUCAAGUUCGUGGAAAUGUCCAUAUGGCUGAGCUUGUGACUCUAAAACUCAUUGAACUAGAACCGCAAAAUGGAGAUAACUUUUUGUUGCUCUCAAAUCUAUAUAUCCAACAGCGGAGGUGGACAGAAGUUGAGGUAGUGAGGGAAAUGGUGAAGUCUAGAGACAUCCAGAAGAUUCCUGGGUAUAGUUCAAUUGUUAUCAAUGAUGAAAUAUAUGAAUUUGUUGCAUCAUAUGAUGUUAAACCUGGAUUUGAGGAGGUAUAUGAACUUUUGGUAUAUAUGUCCAAGGAAUUAAUACUAUCUGGUUGUGUGACUGAUGUUGGAAUGUUGUAGUAUGAGACUAUGAUCUUAUCAAAGAGGGAAAAAAGCUUUCAGUUGCUUUGCUGCUUUGCUAUCUGUUGAUGGCUAUGAGUUGGAUUUUACAACUCUUCAAAAGAUUAAGCCAAUCUCAUUAAACCUCUUAAGCACGAAUUUUGGAUUAUGAUUCAAGCAGUUUUCAACUCAUACCGUAAUCCAUCUUCCUAACAGCUUAUGCAGCAAGGUUAGUGAGACGUGUAACUCCGUACUUCUGUUCAUCAGUUACUGUUUGUGGAGCUAUCCUUUUCUGGUGGUUUUAUCAACUUCAUCAUAGAUUUUUCCCCAUCUAUUCAUGUAUUCCUACAUCUCUAGCAGAGCUGCUGAUGAGGAAUACAUUCUCAUUUAUGGGGUCUACAACCAAGCUGAGUAUCCUUUUCAACAAGGUGACUGCUGCCUGGCUGCCCCUACGCCUGAGAGGACCCUUGUGUUGGAAUAAUUAAAAAGUCACUAUGAGGUGGUGAUAUAGUCUACUGUCGUUCAUCAAACAGUCCAGCUAAUUGCGUAAGAGUUAGGCAGGGCAGUACAUGGAGUCUCUCCAUCAAUACGUGAAAAGGAAAAUAAUAUGUAAGUCUCAUUUCUCUUGAACUGGAACUGUGGUAUGUUGUUUUGCAUAAAUUACUGCUUGACAUUGAUUUGCUGAGCUGGCCGAAGUCUAGUAGGAGUAUUGUUUUUAUAAUUCAAAUGCUUGUGCUCCAAGUUGAGUGAAAUGAGGGCUUUGACGAGCUACUUGAAGAAGUUCAAAGUCGUCGUAAACAUCACGAUAUAUCUCCAAAUUUGCCUCCGCAUUUAUAAGAGCUGAAAUACAUAGUUCCUUCCUCCAUUCUUCUAGGCGUGGAAAUCCCACUUCAUCUGCAUAUCUGUCACAAUACUGCAGUUGAAAGCUUGCAUUAGAGGGAUUCCUAUGAAGGAAAGCGAAGGAGCAAGUGAAGGAGGGAAGGUGUGCUGGUAUAAAGGUCCAACUCGAUCAUCAUCCACCUCAAUAAUUCCUUUGGUGUCAAGAAACGGAAAUGUAUAUAAAUACCUACAUUCAACAGCAACUUUUUGUUAAUCAUCAUGUAUUUUGAUAAAAGUAGAAUGGUAGGUUACAUAAAUUAUAAUGUCUCUUUUGUUGUACAAAUCUUUCCGACAUCUUCUCAAGACAUUAAUUUCGUAACAACAGUUUAAACAACUGUAUUUGGUUAUUCUUACUUAAAGGAUUUGCAA